AUGUUUGAUGAUAAUGUUUUCAACAUUGAGGACGUCCAAAAACGCCAUUUCCUCCCUGGCAAGGUGAGUAUUUUUUCUGUAGGCAGACUACACAGUAACUGCAGAAGGCCGACGGCAAUUGAGAAUAGUUCAUUCUACCUGACGGAUUCGUGUCACAUAAGAAAGCUGGAUUCUUACAUACAGUAAGUAUACAAAUGAUACAGACCAUUGUCGGCUUCAGUAAGUCUAAUUUUCUACCAACUUUGCCCGUAAAUACUUCAAAAUUGUACGCAUACGUGAGUGCAGUGUUGGGUUUGUAUUCAAUGUUUAUCGAGAAUCAGCCUUUCACAUGGUUCCUUGCACAUUAGGCAACCAGAUUUCAAAAGGGUCAACUUUAAGAAAGUCUUGUCAAACUAAUUAGCUUUAAUCAAAAACAAAAGAAUGCUGAUUUACUUAGCAAUUUGGUUUGAAUAUAAACAAUCCCUUGACUUUGCGAGAAAAAACACUGCUUACAUGGUACUCCGGGGUGCUGUUUUCAAUUGCUAAAGGUUUAGCUCCCUGACUCGAAGGUUUCCUAAAAAAACGCAAAGUUAGCACAGAACUUAUUUGGUUUAUUUUUAGGCGUUUCACAUUGCGGUCCGCGAGCUAGUCAGCCAGACAAAGGCUUGCGCAGGUUUUGGUGCUUUUGAUGCCCUAGUGUAUUCAAAAAGGAUGAGAAUUAGCAGUUUAACGUGAUGAACUGAUGUUUAGACCUGAUUGUUCGCAGUAAGUCGUGUUUCGUAACUGAUUCAUAUCUAUGUAAUUCCAAGAAAAUAUGUCCGUUGGGAAAGACAACAAAGUUUUUUGUAAAUGCUCGAUACUGGUUUUCCAGACCAUCCUCAGAAGUGAAGCAAGGGUGCACAACAGUUAGAAUAUAUACGCCAAAAAUCGAUAUUGCGCCGUUACUCUUGUCAGUCAGCCUUUACUGUGGUUUUACAUCGUGUUCAUUUUGACCAUCGCUGCUUCCAUUUUUCUUUGAGAUUGUUGUGUCGGCGCCUAGUUCGAUGCGUCGAUUGAUGCAUCAGUUGUCGGAAUGUAUGGCUUCUAAGGAUUCGGGGCCUUAAGUGAACAGACGCGAGUCCGUGUCCAGUUUCCAGCUUAUGGACGGGUAUCGUCUUUCUGAUGUCUACUGAUGUUUAUGCAUGCGUGUAGUAACAAAUUUUCCAGUUUGACCAUAGUAAACUGCAUGGUUCGUGUCGCGUGGUAUUUUGCAGAGAUUUUUGUCUAAAUAGUUAACCCUAUCCUUAGAGUGUAGGAGCUCGAUGCGAAGUAUAGUAGUCGGUUUGUGCGCCACGGGUAUUUGGUGCCUCCUCAGGCGUAUUUCAACUAAUUCUGACACAUUCUUAGUGUACGUAAUUGUUCGCGCCCUUUUUGGUUUGGGCGCAUGACCGGAACAAUUUAGUCCCUUAUCUUUUUCUCUUAACACCUGUUUUCUCAUGCAUAGGUGUACAAGAUCACUGAGAUAUCCAUUCAGAGAAAACAGUUUAAAUAAUUCAAUUUUGUGGGGUAGGUUUUGUUGUCGGUACAGUGAGUUUUUGCCCCAAUAAGAUAGCUACUCACGGCAUUCCAUUUGUAAGAGAUUGGGUGAUUGGUCCUGCAAUGUAAAAGAACUCCCGUAUAUGUUUUUUGCGGUAAAUUUAUGUGGGAAAUAUCCCACUAGUCUUUCUCUGCACGACGAUAACAGGAAAUUGGGAUUUGCUUCCAACCUCGUUUUCGACUUUUCGUUUUCCUGGAAUGAUUAAGCUGAUAAUCCUGUGGGCCGUUUCCAGUCGAUCACUUUUAGCAAGAACGAAGUUAUCAAUAAUUUAAUGUUCCCAUAACUUUCGUUAACUAAUGGUAGAGUGGUAGUUUCUAAUUUUUGCAUCGUGACGUUUGCAAAAAUACCAGAGAUGGGUGAUCCCGUAGGGGCUGCCUUCUGCUGUUGGUAGUAUUCCUGCAAAAAUAGAAGGUUGUUUUCGAGAUAUAGGUCCAAGAGUUCUGGCAAAGCAGAUGCGAAAUAUCCAUAUCGUACGACUAGAAACGUACUUCUGUUCAUUGUUUUACUUAUUCCAGCUACAUGAAUGUAGGGAGAGACGACAUUACAUUUAAAAAUAAAUUGUGUUUUCUUCCCCAUAUGGAUUUAUUUACUUGGAAUUGCACUCUUCACCGUGUCCAUUUCCCAAAUUAAUGCCUAUAUACUUAAACCCGUGUGCAACUACUGCUGUUUCGGAACAUAAGAUGCUAUUAUAUAUGUUAUGGGGAAGACGCCGUUUUCGACGAAAUGGCAGAAGAGAUGAAUGCGUUCAUCGGGUGGGAUAUGUUUAUUUUAUGGCAUUUGACAUAGCACUAUUGGCUACUCGACUUCAGAAACUGGCGUAUCCUUCACAGGUGACAUUUUAGGGCUAGCAAAUCAUGCGUCCCAGCGUUCCUGAGGCCGAGUGAACCAAGGCCGUCAACUAGCUAUCAUGCAGAAGAUACUACCAGUAUGGCAUAAACGUCGCGCAAGUUUAAAACAGAUUAAUCCUGUCACUAGUGUUUGCUUUUCACUGCAUUCAACCAUAUGGAGCUUCCAAAUCGUUAUAUUUUCAAACAAGACAAGGGAAGAUUUUAUUUUACACUUAAACACUAACAUGCAUCAACAUUUUACGGCAUGGUGUCGCAAAAAUUUAACGGUUCAUUUUUUCUCAUACACGUAUAAGGCGUCGUGCCUGCUUUUAGCAGCAAGCUGCUGGCUUCGAUCUGAAAAAAGCAAGCGCUAGAAAAGAAUAGGAUGCCAUUGUCGAAACAAUGAUGUUUUCUUGUCGUUCCUGCGGUUAGCCAGUGCGAUAUUGCAUGCGUUAGAAACAAUUAUGAAAUUUUCAGCACUGUCGAUCUGAAGGAAGCAGAUAUGCGGGAAACAUGACCUUCAGAAUUUCACUCGAAGCAAAGUUCUUCAGCCGACCCAAAAAACAUAAGGGUAACAUUUAAAUACUAAAGUUAUUUGGAAAUACGGGAAGGAUAUUGGUCACGGUUUCCACGUUCCCAAAAUCUCACCAAUAGUAUUCAGCCGAGAGCCUCACUAACACAACACACGGGCUAUAUUGCUGAAACUGAAUGACAGUCAGUUGUACACUGUACGUGUAGACUCAUGGUUUAUUAAUGUGCGGAUGACAGAACCUGUCAACUUCAGCCGUAAGAAAAUAAAAACCCCGGUUACGCAACCUAAUUGUCAGAAAGGCAUUUCGUGCAGUUGCGAGGUGUGCUUGAAUAUUCUGUUUAUAUUCGGAGGAAUUCAUAAAAUCAGCUGGGCAGGUUGGUUAUGUGACAACUGCUGGGCACAUGCCUGCCAGAGACUUAACGAUAUACUGAAAAAACUUCACAUGAGUUCAUACUGUCUGACUGAACUAUCUACAUAUAGUUUUACAAAAUUGGUUGUCGAUAUGAAGUUCAUGGGGUGGUAAGUUAUCCUUCCAAUUUGACCGUUUAACCAACGUUAUUUCUUGUAAUCGCAGACAGUAGGCAAUUUCGUUUAUUUAAGUUUCCCAUACCAGUAUCCUAUUUUAUAUCAACCAGUUAUUCAUGUAUUGUGAAACACUAAUCUUAUACAUCUCAGCCUAGAGGAACGACUAAACAUAUACGUAGUCUCGUGGUGGGAGGAUGCAGAACAGCCAACGUGAUUUGGAGACCUAGAAAAUGCAAAAUAAAAAACCAAAUGAACUGCUUAGCAAAUCUGCUGUGUAUUUACAGGCCCUACUAUUGGUCUUUCAGUAGCGCGCAAGAGUUUUUAACCCGCUGGCCUUCAUUUUUGCAUGGAAAAUAGCAGUGUGUAUAUAACUUCCUUUGCAUAUUUUUAAGCACUACAAUAAGUUAUCUCUGUUUGAUAGAAUUGGAGUUUCUUCCACGUCUGCCUUUGCACAUGCACAACUAAAGGUAUUUGAUGUUAGAACGUUGCUUACCCAUUGUCGUUGCACUUUUUGCUUGUAGCAGUCUGAUUCUGAAGUUUUUUCGCAAACGCAAUAGCUAACCGGUUGCUAACUGUGCACCAGUAAGCACUCAGCGACAAUUUAGCGGCAACGAAACUGUUAAAAACUCAUCCAUAAAAAGAGUUCUAUAGCUCUUCUCUUUUUAUGAGAGACUGGAAUGAGAACGGUUGAUAGAGCAGUCUGUUUGGUAGUUACUAAGGGGCAAUAUAUACAGUCCUCUUCCACCCAUAACUAAAAGUUUUAUGAUUUGAGAACGCCUAAUUGAUUUAAUCUUUGUGUGUGUUUCUUAAAUGGACGCAGUCAUAUAUAAAGCAUUUUUUGUUAACUACAAAUUCGAGCCUUUACGAUAACAUUUUGCCAAUAAUUUGACAGGCUAAAAAUGCAAAGGCGAAAUUUAUCCAUUGGCAGUGAUGAUUUGCAUGCCAGGAGUAUGCCUCGGACCACUUUUGGACAAGCUUCUUCGUUCCUAGCUUCAGUCCUGAGGUUGCCAAUAGCAUGGGCUUUUGAAAUGAUCUAAUUUGAACGGAAUACUCUUCAAUAAAUCACACAUGUCUCCAGUUCCCAAAUAUCUUCUAUAUAGCUUUAUCUGGUGCAUUAUCUGAACAUCAGUUGCUAAAAGUGCUUUUAUUUCCCUAAGAAAAGCCAUCCCUUCAUCUAAAUCGUUAAAAGAUAAAACACAGGCCUCCGUUAACUUAAAGCAAACCUAAAUAUGCCUAAAAUAUAAGUGACUUCAGAUCAGAGUGGCCUGUCUGGGCAACUGGUGUUCAACUGAGUAUCGUUCUUCAGGAACAACAGUAUCAGAGGAAACAUUGCGCUUGUCUUUGAAAAAUAUACAAAGCAAGAAUGUCCGCGCUCGAAGGCUCGCAUUCGUGAAACAACAUGUAUAAAUUGAUUUUCUUUAUUUGAGUUAAAUUACCAGGAUCUAUCGGCUUACAAUGAGCAAAAUGGCACUCCAAGGAGAUUCAGUCUGCUGGUAGGUGGAUUAUGUGAUAUUAAACCUAAUGAAUACAUACUUUUCUCCUUAUCAUUAGUACAUAUGAGUUACUGGCCUUAAAUGACCUUCGCAAGCUGAUUUCUCGGUUGGGCACUGCAUUUUUGGUAUCAUCAAUGCAAAUUUGAUGCCGCUCAGAACUUCAGAGUGCUCAACGAAUAGACCUAGGCGAAAGAAACAGACCGCAAUGGCCAGAGGGAAUGCUUACAAAAGUACUUUUUUGGUCAAGCAGUUUCCUGGAUAGGUCAUUGCCUCGUGCAUGUUUAUUUUGAUCAGAUUUCGAAGUUCCAGGUUAAAAAGAAAUAAGAGUCCAAAACAAACUGCUUUAGGUAUAUUUGGGAAUUUCUGAACUAUUAUACAAUUUUUAAUCGACCAAACUUCAAGUUACUUAAGUCUAAUUAAACAACCGCUCCAAGACUUCAUUCAGCAUUGGAUAAAUCAGUAUGGACACUUUUAUUGUAUCCAUUGUCCACAACACGCGCUCCUGACAACUGUUCAUAUGAAUAGAGGGAAAAUGGAAGGAAUGAACAAAUCACUAGCAUUCCCGGACUUUUAGAGUAAAUCACAUAAGCCUGCAAAACAACGCACAACCCUCUGAACAUUUACACCAAGAACCAACUUGAGUCAUUCCUCAUCCAAAGCCGGUAGAAUGAAAACAAUACUUCCUUUUUAGCAGGAAGCUCCGAAAGAACACCUGGAAGCCAAUACUGGUGCGCAGUCGAAGGGGUGA